AGAGGAAGGUGUUGUACGGACGACUACAUGAACAUUGGGAACGUUUAAAUAAAUACACCAAGUUAACGAUUUAUGUCCAUGCUGGAACAGGACACCAUGAGUUUCAUCUAGGAGGUUUUUCUUUACUGACCCAUGAAGACUGACCAGCAGGGAACCACGAGAGCAGGGCUGCACUGAGGAGGCGGGCGAUCCAGUGAUGUGCAAUGGGGUACGACGUCACCAGGUUCCAGGGGGAAGUGGAUGAGGAUCUGCUCUGUCCCAUUUGCAGCGGCGUGCUGGAGGAGCCAGUGCAGGCCCCGCACUGCGAGCAUGCCUUCUGUAACGCCUGCAUCACUCAGUGGUUCGCGCAGCAGCAGAUCUGCCCGGUGGACCGCACCGUGGUGACGUUGGCGCACCUGCGCCCGGUGCCCCGCAUCAUGCGCAACAUGCUGUCCAAGCUGCAGAUCUCGUGCGACAACGCCGGCUUCGGCUGCACGGCCACGCUGCGCCUCGACCAGCUCCAGUCCCACCUCAAGGACUGCGAGAACAACCCGAAGCGACCGGUCGUCUGUGAGGAGGGCUGCGGGCUGGAGAUGCCCAAAGACGAGAUGCACAACCACAACUGCAUCAAGCACCUGCGCAGCGUGGUGCAGCAGCAGCAGACGAAGCUGGCAGACCUGGAGAAGACGGCGGCCGAGCACAAACACCAGCUGGCCGAGCAGAAACGGGACAUACAGCUGCUCAAAGCGUACAUGAGGGCGAUCCGCAGCGCCAACCCCAACAUGCAGAAUCUGGAGGAGAGCAUAGAGUACAACGAGAUCCUGGAAUGGGUGAACUCUCUGCAGCCGGCCCGCGUGACGCGCUGGGGCGGUAUGAUCUCCACGCCGGACGCCGUGCUCCAGGCGGUCAUCAAGCGCUCGCUCAUCGACAGCGGCUGCCCGCUGUCCAUCGUCAACGAGCUCAUCGAGAACGCCCACGAGCGCAACUGGCCCCAGGGCCUGGCCACGCUGGAGACCCGGCAGAUGAACCGCCGGUACUACGAGAACUACGUCGCCAAGCGCAUCCCGGGCAAGCAGGCGGUGGUGGUGAUGGCCUGCGAGAACCAGCACAUGGGCGAAGACAUGAUCCUGGAGCCGGGCCUGGUCAUGAUCUUCGCCCACGGGGUCGAGGAGAUCUUAUAGUCCGGACCGGGGUCCGACCCGGGGACUCGUGUUCACCUGGCGUAAAGCACUCGGCAUGGAAGCAAACGCAAUAUGAAGGAGCUGAAGGUGAGAACCUGCGGCCGACCGACCUGUUGCCUUACAAGGACCUUCUAAAGGAAACUGAAGAAAUCUGCCCCGCCCUGAAAUCGAACCACAACCGAAUGCUGGAGUUUUAUCAAUACCACUGACGGGACUCAUCGAAGUAACAUCGAUUCACCACUUUGUCGAUUAGCGUUUUUACAGACUGAUGAGGAAAACGUCCUGUAAUAUAAAUGCUCUAAUAUGUAUUUUGUAAAUAUGGAAGAUAAAGAAAUAUAAUAUGCUAUCUAUUCUUGGUAUGAUAGAGUAGUUAACAUGCUUUCGCUGCUUUACGUUAAGUGUUUAGAGCCGCCCAGAUCAGAAUUAGUCGGCUUUGUUUUCAUUAAAGAAGGGUUAAGUGAAAUACGGUAGUGGAUAAUUAAUUUGAAUGAUUUUUUUUGGCCUGAAUCACUCUCAGUUUGGACGUCUAAACCCUAAAGCUGCGUUCAAACACUAUCGGGCAAAACCGCUUCCUAAAAAGCCUUGGGUAGGACGUUGGCCACCCUGAUGCUUGGUUUUAGCACUUCAAUCUGACCCAGUUUGCCUCUGACCCUCUCGAAGUAAGACGUUAAAUAACAUAACAUUAAAACCACCUCCUUGUUUCUACACUCACUGUCCAUUUUAUCAGCUCCACUUACCACAU